AAGGGGGCGGAUGCUACGAAAUGUACAGUCAGAUGGUGACGUAUUUUAUUAUUUUAACUUACAGUAAAAAUCAAAAUUGAGUCAAGAUUAAACAAGUAUAGGAGCAAUGUCAGACGAAGAGAUUCCGUCAACAUCCCGGGAGCCUGAACCUGAUUCGGAGGAGAAAGAGGAUCCACCUUUUCAACUCAAACCUCCCCCCAAACUGGUAACAAAAGUAGAGGCAGACGUUGACCCUGAAUAUGAGGAAAAGAGGAAAACAGAUCGGGCUAACAGAUUUGAAUUCUUAUUGAAGCAGACAGAGCUCUUUGCACAUUUUAUUCAGCCAGCAGCACAGAAGUCUCCUACAUCUCCACUGAAAGUGAAGCUGGGGAGACCUCGCAUGAAGAAGGAUGAAAAACAAAAUCUGCUCUCCGUGGGGGAUAAUCGUCAUAGACGCACUGAGCAAGAAGAGGAUGAGGAGUUGCUGUCAGAGAGCCGAAAGACAUCAAACGUCCUGGUCAGAUUUGAAGAAUCACCAUCUUAUGUUAAAAAUGGAGCACUGAGGGAUUACCAAAUUCGAGGCCUGAACUGGAUGAUAUCCCUAUAUGAAAAUGGAAUAAAUGGAAUUCUGGCUGAUGAGAUGGGGUUAGGUAAAACACUACAGACGAUAGCAUUACUUGGUUAUCUCAAGCACUACAGAAACAUUCCCGGACCACACAUGGUUUUGGUUCCAAAAUCUACUUUGCACAACUGGAUGAAUGAAUUCAAACGCUGGGUCCCAACCCUUCGAGCUGUCUGUCUCAUUGGAGACAAGGAUGCAAGAGCUGCUUUCAUCCGGGAUGUCAUGAUGCCUGGUGAAUGGGAUGUUUGUGUUACAUCAUAUGAAAUGGUGAUCAGAGAAAAGUCUGUCUUUAAGAAAUUCAACUGGAGAUACCUAGUCAUAGAUGAAGCACACAGAAUAAAGAAUGAGAAGUCUAAGCUUUCUGAAAUUGUUCGAGAGUUUAAGACAACAAACAGGUUGCUCCUGACAGGAACUCCUCUCCAGAACAACCUACAUGAGUUGUGGUCCUUGCUGAACUUCCUCUUACCUGACGUUUUCAAUUCAGCAGAUGAUUUUGAUUCAUGGUUUGAUACAAACAACUGUCUUGGAGAUCAGAAACUUGUGGAACGUCUGCAUGCAGUUUUAAGACCUUUCUUGCUUCGCCGCAUAAAAGCUGAAGUGGAGAAAAGUUUGCCACCGAAGAAGGAAGUCAAAAUAUAUCUUGGCCUCAGCAAGAUGCAAAGAGAAUGGUACACAAAGAUACUUAUGAAAGACAUUGAUAUUCUCAAUUCUGCUGGGAAGAUGGACAAAAUGCGUCUCUUGAAUAUCUUGAUGCAAUUGAGGAAGUGCUGCAACCAUCCAUAUCUCUUUGACGGUGCAGAACCCGGUCCUCCAUACACUACUGACACACACCUAGUCACCAACAGUGGAAAAAUGGUGGUCUUGGAUAAGCUGCUGCCAAAGGUUAAAGAACAAGGAUCCAGAGUCCUUAUCUUCAGCCAGAUGACCCGAGUUCUUGACAUUUUAGAGGAUUACUGCAUGUGGAGAGGUUAUGAGUAUUGCCGUCUCGAUGGAAAUACUCCACAUGAAGAAAGAGAGGAAGCAAUAGAAGCCUACAAUGCCCCAAACAGCACAAAAUUCAUUUUCAUGUUAAGCACCAGAGCUGGAGGACUUGGAAUUAACUUGGCUACAGCUGAUGUUGUCAUUCUGUAUGACUCUGACUGGAAUCCACAAGUGGAUUUGCAAGCUAUGGAUCGUGCCCAUCGUAUAGGCCAGACAAAAACUGUGCGUGUGUUUCGGCUCAUCACUGAUAACACAGUUGAGGAGAGGAUUGUUGAAAGAGCUGAGAUGAAACUUAGACUAGACUCCAUUGUGAUACAACAAGGGAGAUUAAUUGAUCAACAAUCCAAUAAGCUGGCAAAGGAUGAAAUGCUGCAGAUGAUCCGUCAUGGCGCUACUCAUGUCUUUGCUUCCAAAGACAGUGAACUGACAGAUGAAGACAUUAACACAAUCCUUGAGAGAGGUGCAAAGAAGACUGCAGAAAUGAAUGAGCGAUUGGAGAAACUUGGUGAGAGUUCUCUCAGAAAUUUCACUGUGGAUACAGAAACCAGCCUGUAUAACUUUGAGGGGGAGGACUAUAGGGAAAAGCAAAAGCUCAGUAUGAUGGAAUGGAUUGAACCACCAAAAAGAGAACGAAAAGCUAAUUAUGCUGUUGAUGCAUAUUUUAGAGAAGCUCUCAGAGUUAGUGAACCAAGGGCACCCAAGGCCCCACGUCCACCAAAGCAGCCAAAUAUUCAAGAUUUCCAGUUUUUUCCGCCACGCUUGUUUGAAUUACUGGAGAAGGAAAUUCUGUACUACAGAAAGACAAUAGGCUACAAGGUUCCUAAAAACCCUGAGCUUUCCAAUGCAACCCAGGUGCAAAAAGAAGAGCAAAGAAAGAUUGAUGAGGCAGGACCACUUACAGCAGAAGAGACUGAAGAAAAGGAAAAACUCCUCACACAGGGAUUUACAAGUUGGAACAAGCGGGAUUUUAAUCAGUUUAUAAAAGCAAAUGAGAAGUAUGGCCGUGAUGACAUUGACAACAUUGCUCGUGAAGUGGAAGGGAAAACCCCAGAAGAAGUCAUUGAGUAUUCUGCUGUUUUCUGGGAACGAUGUAAUGAGCUACAGGAUAUCGAGAAAAUAAUGGCUCAAAUAGAGCGUGGUGAAGCAAGGAUCCAGAGAAGGAUCAGCAUUAAGAAAGCACUAGAUGCAAAGAUUGCACGAUAUAAGGCCCCAUUUCACCAGUUAAGGAUACAGUAUGGAACCAACAAAGGAAAGAACUACACAGAAGAAGAAGACAGAUUCCUCAUCUGUAUGCUUCACAAAAUGGGCUUUGAUAAGGAAAAUGUCUAUGAGGAACUGAGACAGUGUGUUCGAAAUGCACCACAGUUUAGAUUUGAUUGGUUUAUUAAAUCGCGAACUGCUAUGGAGCUUCAGAGACGGUGCAACACCCUCAUUUCACUGAUAGAAAAAGAGAACAUGGAAAUUGAGGAAAAAGAAAGAGCUGAAAAGAAGAAAAGGGCACCUAAAGCUCAAACUGCACAAAAAAGAAAGACAGACACUCUCUCAGAUACUGCAGGACGAAAAGACAAAAAACUGAAAUCAUGAAGGAAUCAUGUACAGUACAACUUAAUUUUUACAAUUUGAAGACAAAACUUACAGAGAACUGCCAGUAUUCAUGCCCACAGCAUCAUAUAGCAAUUAUUAUAAAUGUCAGAUUCAAAUGCUUGUGGAGGCUUCUUGCUUCAUAUAUUUUUGUGCCAUUUUGUAUUUUUUCAUUUGCAAUAGUUCUGAUGCACUUUUACAUUUUUAGCAUUAUAGAAUUUUGUCUACUGAAUUGAAAUUGAUUUUCUAUUAUUAAACGUCUUGUUAAAUUAGCAUGCAGAAAGACAAGCCUUUGUAUGUUUUUUAUUAGGUUGUUGAUGUACUACAGUAGAUACAGGUAUGUGUAAAGCCAUAUUAAAGAAAAACCUAAAAUUUGAGAAUCCCUUGAAAUAUUUUUUUGAUUGAUGGACAUCCAUUAACAUAAAGCUUUGCACAAAUUUUAAGCACUUUUAAAAAAAAAUGUUUAAAAGUUAUCAUUUAAUUGAUUUCAUAAUUAGACAUGUACAAUUCUAAAACAUUGUGUCAUGUUUUUUCCCCAAAUUAAACAUCAUUAAAGAAAGAACUAAAACCUGU